UGGGGCUGUCGGUGUUUUGUAGGGUACGUAUGUGAGUGGGAAAGAAAAGUGUCAGGGCGCGAGACAGACAGAGAACGAGAAAUUGAGAGAGACUGUUGAGAGGUGCGUGCCGUGUCCCAUCCUCCCGGCCAAACAUCUCCUGGACGUCAGACCAGCUUAUUAUAGGAACAAAGUUGUCGGGUAUAGGACAGAAAAAAAAUCGGACCUUCCCCUUUCUCCAAACUCCGGGGCGGUGAGUGUGACAGAUCGAGGAGGACAGAGAGGGAGAGACAGAAAGAAACAGAGAGAGAGAGAGAGAGAGAGCGCACGCGAAUAACCCAACACCGCAGCACAGCGGUUUCCUCACCGAUAGGAACGGACUAUAGGAGCCUGGCCGGUAAAGACUGAAAGCAGCUAAUUGAUCCCAGGAACUCCUCAGAGUGAUCAGAGUGGUAGUAUGCGGGUCGGCGUUUUGUUCAGGCUUUGUGUGUUGUGGGGGUUUGUGGUCGUCACAUCCUCCCUGACAAAAGCUUUGAAGAAAAAGGGGACAGGCCGGAGAUCCAGGCAGGUGUUUGGAGCCGAGCCCCCUGAGGGGGUGUGGUCUCCAUGGGGGGAGUGGUCAAGAUGCUCUCAGAGCUGUGGAGUAGGCGUGGCUCAGAGAUCCAGGAAGUGCCUGCCUCCACCUCCUCGCCAAACUCGGCCCCUCUCCCACGCCCCCCCUAAUUGGGGAGGCUCCUCCUCCUCCUCCUUGUUUACUCCUGGAGGUGUCGGGGCCCCCCUCGUGUCGGCCAGUCACCCCUACUAUCCCCCUCGUUACCCCGGCAACCAGCCGGCCCAGCACGGGGGAGGAGCCGAGCCAGAGGGACAACUUCCUCCUUAUUAUUCCCCCGCUCUCUCAACCAAUCAGAGUCCAGGAUUGUCUCUGUACCGUGACACGCCAGUAGCAGACGGGGAAGGAGGCGUGUCCAAUCUAGCUCCUCCCUUCUACCGGCCGGAAUUCUCACCUGCCAAUCAGGAGCAGCCGCCAGUGUCUGUUUAUCGUUCACCACCAUAUCCUGCUGCUCCACAUGGCUACAACCAACCAACACGGAUCUCUAGGAGGCCGGCCAAUCCAAGCGCAGCGAGGGGCGGUGGGGGAGGUAACAGAAGGUCAGUCUCCACCAAUCGGGAGGCUUUGCCUGCCAGGAGGUCCUCCUCCAUCCGUCCGGGUCAGUUCGGGUACGGCAGGGUUCCCUUCUCUCUGCCGUUACACCGGCCCAACCGGCAGGCCCGCCACACCGCCAACGGGACCGUUACCGCGGCAACCCCGGGUCCAGACGCGGCCGCUGAUGUCGACGACACGGAUGGAACCGGCGAGGAGGAAAGAGAGAGGGGCCGGGUGGAGCGAGAGAGGGAAGGAAGGAGAAGAGUGUCAGGAGGACUGAAGAGGGAGGAGGAGAAGAGGGAGGAGGAGAGGAACACAGAGGAGGGGUGGGGUACGGAGUCACCGGCUCCGUACCCCACAGCUGCGGUGGUGAAGCCCGUCAGACCGGAGCGACAGACGGACAGACACCUGCACACGCACGCUGCGGCGGGGCGCGGGAGGGGAGGGGAGAGAGGCCCGUCACAUCCCCUCCCACCAAGCCGACGAGCGUUCGACUGGCACACGGUCACCGGCCCUCCCCCGCCUCUCCACCCCCACUCCCCCCCCCUCUCUCACCCCUACUACUCCUCCCCCCUCCACCGCUCCACCCCCCAGCACAGAGAGAGAGAGCCCCAGUCUGGUUACAGGCCCCCCCAGCCCAACAUCUACCCCCUGCAACGCUCCCAGCCCCCCCACCUGGGGCCCGAGGAGGAGGGGGGCCCCCCCCAGAGUCCCAGGUGCUCAGGAGGAGAGCAGGAGUACCGCAAGUGCUUUUCACAGGUACGUAAGACCUGGCCUCGGCCUGCACUCUCACAUCUACGUGUCAGGCUGUAG